UUAUAUCUUUCAGAAUUCGUGAACGUGUAUGAAGCUUUCGCUCUCAUCACUGUUAAUAUAUUCUCGAGAUGUAGGUCACACGUACAUACAUACGUAUGUACGUAUAUAUACAUGCAACGGAUUGCAAUAAUUCUGUUUUUAAAAACAAGAGACGCGGCGUCAUCAGGUUACUUUACUUUCUUUUUUCCAAAAUAUUGCUCAACCGUGCGUUAGUACAUGAAUCCAAUGAAGCGUCCACCGAAUCGAGUUUCGAAUCUUAUUGAUGACAAACUUUUGAGUUACAAAAUCCUUCAAAUGUUACUGAUUACACGAUAGUGCGAAUCAACCCAUGCGCGGGUAGACAAAGGGAGCACACGGUCGGCUCAAAGAGGCCAAGAUAAAUUAUAAUCUAAUCCACAAGAGUUAACCGUAGGCCAAUUACAAUUCGUUGUGCGUCCGCAGGAAGAGAAGAACGGCAUCAGGAACGCGACACAUCGUGCACCUCCUACCUUUGAGGCCUUGCGGCAAAUGCUGACGGACUGUAAAACCCUCGUCUCUUUAAAAACAUGCCGCCGAGAAAACGCGAAGAUCUACGACGUCAACCGAUCGGGAUCGAUGGCAAGCACGUACAUCCUCGUCAAGCACCCACGGUUAAGUCGUGUUUAAAAAAACAUUUAAACAAAUAUAGAAGUAAUACAUGAAAAUUAACGACAGUUAGUAAUUAUCAUUAAUAUUAAAUACAAAUAGCUUAUAGCUAAUUUUCACUACAUUAACAAAACGUUAAAUAAUUAUGAAAUACAUUGUAUACAGGUAAUAUAUAGUAAUAUAUAGGUUCAAUUGACGCACUAAAUAGAUACAAGGAUAAAAUUGGAUUUACAGCACCUAUUUUAUAUUGGCAAUAAUAAGAUCCUAAACUGCCUGAUGCGAUUCGUCCCUGACGAAACAUCGUGGCGCGGAAAUAGUGGGGCAUUCGAAGAUUACGGCUGCUCCUCUGUCAUCUGAAACUUCAGUUUAGUUUACCAACGAUCCCCGAGUUGCAUCCUCUGCCGUAGCCGUGCGCGCAAACUCACGCGGCCCUCGGGAAAACGGAAGAAAGAACGACUGAAGCUGCUAUGCAAAUAGCGAAGCAAUGACGUGAAACGGUUGCGGCAACACCAAGAAGAAGAAACAAUCGCGCGCAUAUUGUGAAAGGAAAAAACACUUUGCACUUGCAUUUUCAUCUUUUUGCAUAGAUUUAUAAAGUUUAUUUCCGUUGCAAAAACAUCUUGUAGUGCGAAGAGUGAACAGUUGGAGCACAUGCGCGAUAUCUAACAUGCAUCCGUGAGAAGCUCGACAACAGCGAAUAGACACGUCGAUUGAGAGGUGCGCGAGCUGUGAGGAAGGACGAGACGGCGAAAGAGACGCGAAAAUGAGAUACAAGGUAAACGACCCGGAAGAUAAUGAGAGAGACAUUGUGGAAAACACAAAAACAAAUUCUAGUGUCUCGUGGAAUUACAAUCAAAGGGAUGAAAAGGCGUCGAGUAGCAAAAAAAUGAGGCUCGUGAUUCUCGUCGUACUGUUGGUGGUAACCGUCAUCGCUCUUGUUGCAGCAUUGACUCUGCAAAUCGCAAUUUUCCGGAGGGACCAACACCGAGAGUUGUGUCAAAGCGAGGAAUGCAUCAAGACAGCGGCACGUGUGAUAGACGCGAUGGAUAGAUCCGUGAAUCCCUGCGAAGAUUUUUACAACUUUGCUUGUGGAGGAUGGAUCAACAAGAAUCCCAUUCCUCAAAGCCAAGGUUUUUCGGAUCAGCUAAGCCUGGUCAGAGAGGAACUUUUGGAGAAUCUAAGACUAUUACUCGAGGAAUCGGAUGCAGAAACCGAUCUCGAGCAGGUGAAAAUGGCGAGAGCUUUUUAUAGGAUCUGCAUGGAUGCGGCGAGUGUCGAGGCCUUGGGACUAGAACCCAUUUAUGAAAUAUUCGAUAAGCUAAAUUUACCGAAGGAUCCACCGAUGCCAGGCAAAAUAUUUUCUUUUGAUAUAUCGAGAAUAGUAGGUACAGCACGUAGGAUGCUGGGUCUCAAUCUUUUUGUUCAUUUUUAUAUCAGCGAGGACAUUAAAAACACCACAAGGAAUCGAAUAAUGAUGGAGCAAGUAACUCCGAUAUUUAAUGAGCAUUACUUAUUGGAUUCAUCACGAUUUCAGUCGGAAUUGAAAGAGUAUAGGAAGUACAUAAAAUCCAUGGUCGAAACCGCGGGAGCUGGUAACACGAGUGCCAAUUACGCUAACGAUAUUUUAGAAUUCAGUACCAAAAUCGCCAAGAUUAUGCAGACAGAUGAGGAACGUCGCAGCCCAGACCAUCUCCUUCAUGACGUAACAAUUGAUGAACUGCAACAGCUCACCGAUCUGCAUGCGCAAGAGUGGAAUUGGACGACGUAUAUGGAAGCCAUAUUCGAGGACACGAAUGUUACGAUAAAUCCGGCUGUAGAUCGAGUUAUUCUAACGGAUCUGCGAUAUCUACAAGAACUACCAGUGCUGCUGUCUGUUACACCAUCUAUCACAAUAGUCCGAUUCGUAUGGUGGGGUGUAUACUCGUACGUCGCCCCGCUAACGUUGCAAAGGUUUCGCGACCUUGCUUUCGAGUUCUUACAGAAGGUCUUCGGAUUGAAGGAGAAGACACCGCGCUGGAAGGAAUGUGCUACGAAUGCCAAUGCAAAUUUCGGCAUGGCGCUGAGCAACGUUUAUGCGCGGAAACAUUUCAACGAACAGGCGCAAGAAAAGGCAUUGAAGAUGUUAUUGGAUAUUAGGACAGCGUUCGACGAGAUGGUUACAGAGUUGGACUGGAUGGACGUUGAUACGAAAGCUCGUACCCAUAAAAAAUUAUCCGCGAUGAGACCGUUCGUUGGUUUUCCCGAUUGGAUAACGAGUGCAGAAGAGAUGGACAGAUAUUAUGAAGGAGCGGAGAUUAUUGAGAAAAAAUUAUUCGCAACUUUCAUGCAAUUGAUUGACGUGGCGAUGAGGAAGAAUUUGAACAAACUGCGCGAGGAGCCCGACCGAAGCAGAUGGAUAUCGUCAGGCACGACAGUAAACGCAUUUUAUAGUGCCACAUUAAAUUCAGUCACUUUUCCAGCUGGUAUCCUGCAGCCCCCAUUUUAUGGCAAUGGAUUAGAGUCUAUCAAUUACGGCGCUAUGGGUGCAAUGAUGGGUCACGAGUUUACGCAUGGUUUCGACGACCAAGGCCGCAGGUACGACGAGAACGGCAAUCUCCGACAAUGGUGGAGCAACAAGACAUUACAGCAUUAUCAUGAGGAAGUAGAGUGCAUGAUCAGGCAGUAUGGUAGUUAUCAUUUGCCAGAGUUAGGCGAUAAUUUCACGGUAAACGGUAUCAAUACCCAGAGUGAAAAUAUCGCUGACAAUGGCGGCAUUAGACAAGCUUAUAGGGCGUAUCAGAGACUGAUCGCGCGUGACCCGUACCAGCAAGCUCUGCCUGGUCUUGUUGACUAUAGCAAUGAGCAAUUAUUUUUCUUGGGUUUUGCCCAGGUUUGGUGCGGCAACUACACCUACGGAGCGUUAAAGACGAAAAUAAUAGCGGAUGUUCACGCGCCGAACCGUUUUCGAGUGAUCGGUGCGCUGUCGAACAACUUGGAAUUUGCGAAAGCGUGGAAGUGUCCUAUCGGUAGUCGAAUGAAUCCAUCGCACAAGUGUAUUUUGUGGUAGAUGCUUUCCGCAUUGUUCCGAGUGAUGCAAACGCGAUAGCGCCAGAGACUGUUAUCUUAUUGGAGCGUGUAAUUUCAGGCGCAUUCAUGCAGUGAUAAAUCUCGGAAAUUGUAAAUAGAUUGAUUUACAAUCACGGGACUAAGCGAGUAAUUCAGUACACUUAGGCACUCUAUUUUUAGUCUUAGGUUUGUUAGGUGUAAAUAUCACACGAAACAAGAAAAUAAUAACUUUUAUAAAGUUCUUUAAAUUGGAUAAUUAAAUAUUGGAUCCU